AAAUUUAGUACAUAAUUGAUCCUUGUGGUGGCGCCACGUGCAUCCGACAAACUUUUCGGAGAGAACAGAGAAAAGGCCUUUUCAAGUUAACAAUCAUCCGGACAAGAUGGCGGAAGGUACUGCUACUAUCAGAACAAGAAAAUUUGUGACGAACCGGUUAUUAUGCCGAAAACAAAUGGUUGUGGAUGUACUUCAUCCUGGUCAACCGUCAGUACGUAAAACUGACAUCAGAGAAAAGCUUGCCAAGAUGUACAAAGUUACUCCGGAUGUUGUUUUCGUAUUUGGAUUCCAAACAAGCUUUGGUGGUGGCAGAUCAACUGGUUUUGGGUUAAUUUACGAAACUCUUGAUUUCGCCAAGAAAUUCGAGCCCAAACACAGACUCCAAAGGCAUGGACUCUUUGAAAAACAAAAACAAACCAGAAAACAAAGAAAAGAACGUAAGAAUAGGAUGAAGAAAGUUAGAGGUACCGGAAAGAGCAAGGUUGGAGCUGCAUCUAAGAAGUAAUUCUUCAAUUCCAUCAUAUGGAGACUUCAAUUUAUACAAGACCAGCGUGAAAAUUAUUAUAAUGUAUUAUUAUCAAUUGUAUUGUACAAUUAUGAAAAAUUCGCGCAAUAAAAAUUGAAAUCCAUGAUAA